AUGUCAUAUCCAGAAAACGUAGUAGUUUUAAAAUCAAAUCAUCAAUUAAAAGGAUUAUUUACAAUCAUUAGAAAUCGUGAAACUAAAAGAGAAGAUUUCAUUUUCUAUUCAGAUAGAAUCAUUCGUCUUUUAAUUGAAGAAGGUUUAUAUUGUUUACCAUUCCAUGAAACUACCAUAACUACACCAACUGGUUGUGAAUAUCAAGGUGUUACUUUUGCAAGUAAAAUCUGUGGUGUCAGUAUCGUAAGAGCUGGUGAAUCAAUGGAAGCUGGUUUACGUGCAGUUUGUAAACAUAUUAAAAUUGGUAAAAUUUUAAUUCAAAGAGAUGAAGAAACUGCUUUACCAAAAUUAUUAUAUGCAAAAUUACCACACGAUAUUGCAAAUAGACAAGUAUUAUUAUUAGAUCCAAUGUUGGCAACUGGUGGUACAGUAACUCAAGCUGUUGAAGUUUUAUUAGAAAGAGGUGUAAAAGAAGAGAAUAUUGUAUUUAUUAAUUUAGUUGCAUCACCAGAAGGUAUUAAAGUUUUCACUGAUAAAUAUCCAAGAGUAAAGGUUGUCACUGGAGAAAUUGAUUCACAUUUAAAUGAAAAGAAAUACAUUAUUCCAGGUUUAGGUGAUUUUGGAAAUCUUUAUUUUGGUACUGAAGAUUAA